UUACCUCCUACCUGUUACCUUUGCUCUUUGGUUAUAAACAUUGUUCCUUUUUCAAUGGCUUUGCGUGGCAAAGAGCUUGAGUUUAACCUACAAGGAUGGAGUCGAAAAGGUCAUUUUACUCGAGAAAACCAUAGUUCUAGAAGGUUUUCAGUGUCCUCCCGAGAAGAUCACAAGUCUUCUAGAACAACCUUCACCAUCUGUAGUACUGCCUCUUCUCCUGGCUACUCCCUCACAGAUGAGAUUGACCCAUCAAAUUAUUCAUUCACUAGUGCACUCAAGGCAUUGCAAGCAAAAACAAUGUACAAGAAGAAUCAAGAUUGGUUAAAACCAGAAGGUAUUGAGUUAAACUCGAAAUGGAACGAAGCAGAGAAGUAUAUUUGCAAUCCUUUGUCUGGUGAAGUUCCUUUGGAGUGUUUGUCUUCUAAAACUCUAAAUUCAAGAUCUUUCAGAGACGUAUCCAACAAGUCUAGUCCACUCAUGAUUUUUCCCUCUAAUCACAAUCUCAACAAUUCAAGAACGAGAAAUCCUAACGUUAGAAUCAUUCAAGAGGACCAUGUAUCAACCGAUCGUGUUCUUAUUCAAGAAAAGAAAGUUGUUGGGAUGAAAGGAGAUGUGGGUGUGCAGAGUGCACCGGUAAAUGUUGGUCUGGUGAAGACGCCAACACCGAUGAAAGCUGAUGAUUCGCAGGUCGAGUUUGCACAUGAAGUGAAAGCUCAACAUGAGGAUGUGAAGUUAGAAGAAGACAAGAAACAUAUGACGACAAAAGAAUAUCAAGAAGAGAAAGAACAGCGGGAAGAGAAGAAGAAAACAGGAAAUAGAUUGUUUUCAUGGAAGAGAAAAAAGCAAAGGCAACCAACAACAAAAUCCAAAUGCUUCUUUCUCAUUUGUCUUAUCAAAGCUUUUUGAACUUCAAAAUCAAUAAUAUAUAGUAAAAACAUAUAAAAUGUUGGUGAAGUCGGUGAAACAAUUUGAAAGAGAAGAGAGAUGAAUGAAUGAACAGAGGCAAGCGGAAAAACCUAAGCAGUCGGUGGGAUUCGAGAGGGGUGGUGGUAAUAAUAGCGAUGUGUUUAUAUGUGGUUUAAUUAUUAUUCCAUAAAUACGUGCUUAAGACAUUGAUUUUUGUUCCUAGUUGUAACAAAAUUUACAGCAGAACAAGAUAUACUAAUUCAGAUUUUA